AUGCCCGUCUCCCACCUUACUCUCACUGUCUCGAAUCUGCCUACCUCCACCUCCUUCUUCCUAUCAUGUCUCCAGCCAUUGGGAUACUGCUUCAUGGGCCGCCAUGAGAACAGCGUCGGAUUCGGUACCGAGCCUGGCAAGCCUGCUGAUUUCUGGAUUGCAGAGGAGAGACCUGGAGUCCCUGUUGGAGCUGCACAUAUUGCCUUUCCGGCUCCAUCCCGAGAUGCAGUCAGUGCAUUCUUCAUUGCCGCUCUCAAGGCCGGCGGCAAGAUCCACGGCGAGCCGUGCGUGCGAGACGCCGAACGGAACUACUUCAGCGCAGCCGUGAUCGACUUUGACGGCAACAGCAUCGAGGCUGUCCACCGCAACGACGCCCCCAGCGUUGCCCCCAGCCGCAAGGGCAGCGUCGUCAACGACAAGGCCCUCACCGUCGUCGACAAUGGCUCCGUGGUCUCGAAACAUUCUACCAAGUCAAGGGCCAUGACCGUUGCCCCCGCAAAGUCCGAGGUCAGCUUUGCCAAAUCCAGAGCCAUGACAGUUGCUGCUCCUGCAAAGUCAGAAGUCAGCUCUGCCUCGACUGCAAAGAAGAUGUCUUCAAAGUCCGUCAUGGCUCCCGCGCCCCAGCAACCACAGCCCCCACGCCAACAGCUAUCCAGACAGGAGACCACCAGCACGACCACGACCAAUGUCCACUACAUCGUCACCAAGGAAAAGAGCGGUGACAACUUGUCCGGCGCAAAGGCGGUGGUGGGGACUCUCCUCGGCGCCGCUGCUGGAGCUGCUCUUGCAUACGCCAUGGUCAAGGGAGACUCGCAGAGCCAGCAUGAAACCAUCACACCAGUCACCACCACCCGCUACAUCGAAGCUGCGCCCCAAUCCAGCCCCUCGGUCUCUGGCGGGAGCAAUACUGGCUACCGAGGCAUCGAAGCCAGCCAGCAACAGGGCCAGCUCGAAGACGGGUAUGCUCGCAGCGCCGCCUCCAAGAACCCCUGGGCCAGCACCGUGUUCGAGGGCCUAGAACAAACCAGCCGCAUCCUCGAGCAAGCCAAGAGCUUCACCGGCGGUGCUGCUGCUGCCGGUUUCUUGCCAGGAACCCCUGGAUCGACCUCUGGCUCUGAACGCCGCCCAUCAGACGGGAGCAUGUACAGCGGCGCCUCAGGGGAUCUCGAGAUCCGAGCCAUCGAGGGCGUGCCCGGCGGCGUUGCUGACGACAGCAGAUCCUCCUACUCUCGCACAUACCCUCACUACCAGCCCAGCCCGAGCUUCGUCAGCAGCUUCCACGACCAUCCUGACCGAGACCGCGGCGAUGCCGGCAGCGCCUGUAGCUCCGGCAGCUGUGGCUCGCAGCGCCGCCAUAGUCAGCAGCAGCACUAUGCGAAGAGCGUAGCCUCCAGCCAGGCAUCGGGUUCGACCAUCAAGGCCAAAUCCACCAAGGCCAAGUCAAGCUACUCCAGCCACUCGAAGCAUAGCAGUAAGAACGAUCGAGACCGCUGCAUGCGCACCAUUGAGGAAGACUACGGCUACGACUUCGAGCCCAGCGUGCAUUCGUCCGUCCACUCGGCUCGCAACAUCCCCUUGCCCGCCGGCUCGACCACGACCGUCUCCAAGCUGUCCAUCCGCUCCAAACACUCGCAUACCAGCAGCAGUCAUAGCAAACAUUCCCAUCAUGAGUACGAUCGUGAGCACGACCGUGACCGUGACCGCCGCUCAUCAGCUUCGUCUAGUCACCGCUCUUCCUCGCAUGCUCAUCAGAUCCCGCUCCCGCCUAGUGUAGCGGGUGGUAGUGCGUUGUACCUGGAGGACAUCGACGCAGGCUCACACGUCACUCCGCGGCCCAUCUUCGAGACCGCCUCGACUUCAUCCAAGAAGUCCAAGCAUAAGCGGUCCAAGUCGAGCAGUCGGUCAAGCCAGUCGGGCCAUUCGAGCAGUGGACGCAGCAAGUUUGACGAUCCGGUGCUGCCGAGUGAUAGCGUGAGCCAGGUCGGCAGCUGUGUAUCGAAGAAGAGCAGUAGGAGCAGAAGGUAG